CUUACCGCCCUCGUCACUCAACCUCCCGGCCCAACAUCAUCCUACCGGUAGCCGCUGCGUGACCAUGCCAUUGAUGUCAUGACGAGGGUCGCCGCCAAAGGACCACAAUUCACAAUGUCCUCGCCACCAACGCGCUCGAGCACCGAGGAAAAGCGCGCUAGACACGAGCAACCGCAUGAGCUUGGAGACCUUGAAGCCCUUCAACACGUUGACCAAGCCAGCACCAUAGACGACCGAAAUUCGCGUCGAUGCGUCACUCCCGUCGGCCGCCUCGUGCUGUCCUUGAUUCUUCGCUUCAUCCGCUACCCGUUAACCGGCUCCCUCCGCUUGAGACCGACUUCAUGGCUAGACGGCGUGCGGGGCGUCGCCGCCAUGGCCGUGUACCUCUUCCACGCCAUGGGCUGCUGGGCCUCUGUGGUGCCUGCUUGGCGCGCCGAUGAUGCGCAGACUAGCUUCCUGCAGCUCCCACUUGUCCGCACCAUCUUCGUCGCCGGCGGAGGGGCUGUCUCGGUCUUCUUCGUCCUCUCCGGUUACGUCCUCACUCAGCGGUGCUUGCGCCUCAUACGCGCGGGAUCGGGGCGCGCCGUGUACCCGGCCGUGGCCUCUUCCGCAUUCCGCCGGGGCUUCAGGCUGUACCUCCCGCCGAUCUUGUUGACCUUCUGCGAGAUGCUGAUGUCGCGGCUCGGCUUCCCGCCACCUCUGAACUUCUCGUUUGUGCCCGAGCCCACCCUCCUCGGCCAAUUUUGGGACUGGCUGGCCGAGACCAACCGUCUGGUCAACCCACUCUACAACUUCCGGCGCGCGAUCCGCGGCUCAGUCACGCAUCCGAAGUACGACGCCGUGAUCUGGACGAUUCCCGUCGAGUUCUACGGCUCGAUGGUGUGCUACAUUCUGUUGUCUCUAUUGGCACGCGUCUCGAGUACCGGCCCAAGAAUGGGUUUUAUCGCCGUCUUUUGCGUCCUAAGCAUGGCGUUCGGGUACUGGAACAUCUUUUGCUUCACUGCCGGCAUGUUCGUCGCCGACAUUAACCUGGGCCAGGAGGAAGACGACACUGUCAUCAAGACCGGUCGUCCGCCGCCCAGGCGGACGCUGCUAUGGAGCUCGGCCUUUGCGAUCUCAUUCUACCUGGCCGGCUUCCCAACCCUCGUUUACAAAGAAGGCAGAAUGAAGCCGAUGCCCGGGUUUGAGACUCUGCGCGCGCUCAUCCCGGCGGGCUUGGACAUGGAAGACCCCGCGCGCUUCUGGUGGUCUGUGGCGGGCGCCGUGUUGCUGCUGUCCGUCUCGCAGCUGCCACGGCUCAGGGCAGUCUUUGACACAUACCUCUGCCAGUAUAUCGCAAAGAUCUCCUUCUCGCUGUAUCUGGUGCACGAGUUCUGUAUUGUGCUCUUCGGACUGAGGCUCCAGGGCUUUCUGUUGCGUGUGGCGGGCGUGGACUCGCAGCACAAAGGUGUGGGUUAUUGGAUCAUCUGUCUUGUUUGGUUUGCCCUGUUCACCAUGCCCGUGUUUGCGCUGGCAGCGCAGGUGGAGCGGUGGAUUGAUGUCCCGAGCGUGAAGUUCGCGAAGUGGCUGGAAGAGAGGUGUCUGAGAAUGCACAGAAGUCUGCGUUAAUAAAUGUGUGCAUGUCCCAGCAGUCAUGGCCCACUUAGAUGACGCAUAAUAUAUGAAGGGUACUUGGCUUAUCG